ACACACACACACACACACACACACACGCGCAAGAUGAGACUGCAGUCAAAGCUAUAAAUGGUAGAGAUAAACAAACACAGAGUGUAAUAUCACUCUGCUCUCCCCUCAGAUGUGUGUGUUUGUGUGUGCGUGUGUAUCGGGGUCUGUGUGUGCACUUUUUUUGUUGGGGUAUUGUCCUGUGAAUAUCACGGUGGCCGUGGCAGUUUGCCUGAGUAACCAGAAGGAGGCAGUGGAUUCCUCUUCUCUCCUUUCACAGAAGACAGCAUUUUGGGCUCCAGGUCAGUGGGUGUAGUGGAGUAGAGGCGUCCCAGGGAGGAGUGAGAUUCUGGGGAUGAGAGGUACCUCUUCCCUCCCUGUCUCCCGCAGAGAAACAGGAGAACACUGGGACUCACUAACAGAGUGUGUUGGGUGUAUGUCUGGUGUUGUCCAGGUAACAUGGCUCUGGUUCAGACCCUGCCUGUGUCUGUGACUGACCACCCCAAGCCUCCCACCAGCCUCCAUAUCGUCACCCUCUCCCCUGUCGUCGGAGGGCCCUGUGGCCCCUUUGUCCCCGGAGCCACCAUGGGCUCCGUCAGCAGCCUCAUCUCUGGCCGGACCCAUCAGGAGCAGCGACACUGCCGGGCUGCCAGAGAGUUCAGCACUAAGCCACGCCGUAACACCCCAACCACCAAUUGUUUCAGGCUCCAGGGUGAUAGCCACACCCUGCGCAGCGGGAGCUCCCUGGAACAACUACUGGUCAUCAACAACCAGACCCAGCUCCAGCCCACCAAGCUCCAGCCGCCGCCACUGCCCACCAAGAAGCAGCCCCGAGCGGGUAACUCUGCUGGCGGAGCUGGGUGUGUGGCUGGAGGUGGUGGUGGUAGUGGAGGGAAUGGGAACUAUGGGUUUGUGAGUGAGGAGGUAGUGACUGUAGGAGACCAGAAUGAUAACCAUGUGGUGACGGUGGGGAGUCCGUGUAGCGACUUGGAGGAGCAGAGGGAUAACCGAGGUCUCAACGGGAAUAUCGGCGGUCCUCCGCCCAAACUCAUCCCUGUGUCGGGAAAACUGGAGAAGAACAUGGAGAAGAUUCUGAUCCGUCCCACCGCGUUCAAACCGGUGGUCCCGAAGAACCGCCACUCAGUGCAGUACCUCUCCCCGAGACCAGGGGGCAACCUCUCUGAGAGCCAAGGCACCCUCAACCUCCUCCUGCCCCUGUCUAUCAACGGGAAUAACGGAAAUACAGUGGUCAAUAACGUGAAUACCGUGUUCAAUAAUGUGGUCAAUGGCACGGGGAGCUACGGGAACGUUGUACCUCUGGUCGGCUCGUCCUCUUCCUCAGAUAGCAAGAGGAACUCAUACAGCGGAGGACGCAACGCUCGCAGCAGCCAUUCCUGCUCCAUGUCAGACUCUGGCCGUAACUCCCUGUCCAGCCUGCCCACCCACAGCAGCCUGGCCAAUAGCGAGGCCUCCGGGUCGGGUUCAGGGUCUGUGGGGUCCGGGGUGGGCCCGGAGCCUGGGAGAACCACCACCACAAACGGAGGGUCGGGGAUCAACGGAGGUCACGCCCACUCUACCUCCCACGGUCACUCAAACUCGGACAGCGGGCGGUCGUCGUCCAGUAAGAGCACAGGGUCGCUGAGUGGGCGAGGCCAGCCCCUGUCGGACAGCGGGUCGUGUGGGCGCUCGCCCCCGACCUUGGAGGGUUACGAGGGGGUGGUUAGGGAGCUGSAGGAGAAGUUGAGGGAGAGAGACCUGGAGCUGCAGCAACUCAGAYAGAACCUGGACGAGAACGAGGCCGCCAUCUGUCAGGUAUACGAGGAGAAGCAGCUUCGCUGUGAGAGAGAGCUGGAAGAGCUGAGACAGAGCUGUUCCUCUAAGAUGAAACAGGCUUCACAGAAGCCCCAGAGAGUACAACAGGCCUUACAGCUACAGGUGUUCCAACUGUAGCAAGAGAAGAAGAAGCUUCAGGAGGACUUCUCCUCUCUGCUGCAGAACAGGGAAGAGCUGGAGAGGAGGUGUGCCUCUAUACAGAGAGAGCAGACCCAGCUGGGACCACGCCUAGAAGAGACCAAGUGGGAGGUGUGUCAGAAAUCAGGUGAGAUCUCUUUGAAACAGCAACUGAAGGAGUGCCAGUCAGAGCUGAGCCAGAAGGGCGGGGAGCUGGUCCUGAAGUCCCAGUUGAGAGAGGUCAUGUCCGAUCUCCAGAACAGCCAGGCUACGACCCAGGAGGCUGGGUCGGCCCUACGAACACGCUCCCUGGAGCUGGAGGUCUGCGAGAAUGAGCUCCAGCGCAGGAAGAGCGAAGCCGAGCUGCUCCGCGAGAAAGUCGGACGCUUGGAGGAAGAGUUGGCCCGCCUCCGAGAUGCCCUGGCCAAUCAGGAAGGAGGUUAUCUUCCUGGAGGCCAGGCACCAGCCACUAAGGGCCAAUGUAUGAGCCUGCCCCUCUCCCAGGGGCGUGGGUGGGGGGUGGAAGGGAGGGCCUCAGCCCCUCUGCGUUGGGUACGAGAGGCGGAGGAGGGGAGGCUGGGUUGGGGAGGGGAGAGUGAUGAGACCAAGGCUCAGAGGCAGAGUGCUGAAGCUGUGCUGGGACUCAGGCAACAGGUGGAGAGGCUGAGGGCAGAGCUGAUGUACGAGAGGAGGAGCAGUGAGGAGCAGCUGGGCGGAUUUGAGGAGGAGAGGAGGGUCUGGCAGCAGGAAAAGGAAAAGGUGAUCCGCUACCAGAAGCAGCUGCAGCAGAACUACAUCCAGAUGUACAGGAGGAACAGAGAUCUGGAGAGAGUGAUGAGAGAGCUCAGUCUAGAGCUGGAGAACAGAGAUGUAGAGGACUACGACAUCCACAGCGGCAGCAACGACAUCCACUUCGAGGAGAUCGCCGCUACUGAGAUCUAGAGGGACCAUACAAGGGUGUCUUCUUGCCCCAGUGAGAUUUAGAGACCAGACAGGGGCGUAGUCUAACCCCAGUGAGAUUUAGAGACCAGAUAGGGGCGUUGUCUAACCCCAGUGAUAUUUAGAGACCAGACAGGGCGUAGUCUAACCCCAGUGAGAUUUAGAGACCAGACAGGGCGUAGUCUAACCCCAGUGAGAUUUAGAGAC